AUGCAGCUGUGUCCCUCACGGCUGUGUGUCCCUCACGGCUCCGUAUGUCUGGGGAGGGCGCUUCCUUCAGAGGCAGCCGCGGCUGUGGGAGCUGACCCAUGUCGUGGCCUGGAUCUGGUCCUUCCAGCUGGGGCUGACCAUGAGCCUGGUGUGGGUCUGGCACCGGUUCCAAGGUACUUGGCUGUCCAGGGAGGCCACCUGAGGAAGGGUCCUGAGUGCCCAGCCCAGGGCCAGCUCAGGUUGGGGGUGCGGCAGGGCAGGGUGGCAGGCAGCCCCAAACGGGGAUCUAGGGAAGGGGACAGACUUGGGGGCCUGCCCAAGGCGAGAGAACAGCCAGGUCCGGGGUCUCCAGGGCUUGACCUCAGCCAGAGGACGCACUGGAUAUACAAGCUCUCCUGGACCUCUCUCACGUUCCUGCCCAUCCUCCCCUUCACGACGGUGAUCGCCAUCAGUGCUGUGCUUCUGAUCAAGGGACAAGCCACGCACCCCGUGGCCUUCGGCGCGGAGCGAGCCCUAGGAACCCAAGGACACAGUUCUGACCCGAACUGCCGCGAGGCAGAGGCGAGGUCCAGCCCGGGCGGCCAGCUCAGCUGCGAGCGCCGAGGUGGACGCUUCCGGCUGGGAGGGGGCGGAGGGGGUGGACCGCGCGGACCGGGCGAGUGGGGCGGGGCCGGGAGGGAGCCGAGCCCAGAUAGGGCGGGCUUUGCCCGUGAUCGCCGCAGGACCAGGGCAGGGGCCGGAGGGGCUUCCCUGGGGCUCCGCCUUCGAGGCCCUUGGGAUUGCGUCAUCGGGAAUUACAGUGCCUGGGAGAAGCGAGUCUCCAGGAACCUAGAGAACGAGCAAGAGGAAACGCUCGCCACGCCUCUUCGGGAAAGCGGCGUUUAUGAGCUUUAA